AUGAUUGAUGUUAAUAUAGACAUCUCAUAUAUAAGAAAUGCAUCACUUAUUCCGACUAGUGAUGUUUUCACGAUUCAUAUCAAUAAUCAUCAAGUUGAAACAUCUCCAAUUGUUGCAAGAAUAUUCAGUCCAAAAAUAAACUCGAUUUUGCUUGCAGAUUCAACAUCAGUUUCAUACUCAUGCAAUAUACAAAUCGAUGAUGAAAACACAAUGAACCUAUUUCAAGGUUUUCUGAAAAAUGGAAUUAUUAAAGAACAAUGUAGUUUAAAUACAAUCAAAGAUUUAUAUUUCAUAGGAUUAGAAUUCCAAAAUAAUGAACUAAUUGCUCCUUUCUCAAGUUAUUUAAACGAAAAUUGCAUUUCAUUUGAAAACAUCGACAUUUAUUAUGAUUAUGCUCUUAGAACACAUAACACUGAAAAACUCAAAUCCUUUUUCAUCAAUAGAUUUAAUGAAUUUCAAGGAAAAGUAGAAAAUUUAAUCAAAUAUUUUGACACACUUGGAAAUGACCUCAUUGAAGAAGUAUUCUCAGAAUCACAGAGUUUCAAUCAAGACAUACUUUUAGAAGUCAUUCUUGGCUUGGUUGCAAAAUCUAAUAAUAUGUAA